UUCGAAAACGGCUCCCCUCAGUGACAAAGGAGGGACAGUGAAGGAUGAACUCGUCAGGUGCCGGCCACUUGAUCACGCUGGAGCCCGCGGACUCGCUGUCGUUUUCCCUUUCGACCAACAGCACUCCACAGGCAGCCCUGACGAUCUCCAAUCCCAGCAGUGUCGAGAACGUUGCGUUCAAGGUGAAGACGACCCGUCCGAUGCGAUACCUCGUGCGCCCAAACCAGGGUGUGAUCGGACCCAACAGCUCCGCGACGGUGCUUGUGAUUUUGCAGCAAAAGGACUGCGAUGAACUGCUUCGUUUGGACCAGGCGGAGCGUCAGCUUUCAAACGACAAGUUCCUCGUGCAGUCGGUGGGGGUGGAGGCCGAGUUUUGCGACCUGCUCACGAAGAAGUCAUCGAAGGAAGUUAACGACGACCUGACGUCCCUGUGGAACCAAGCGGAGAAGGCUCAAAUCAGCAAUAAGAAACUGCGCUGCCGUUUCACCGAAGGGACCAUCGGCGGCGGCAGCAGCAACGACUUGUCCACGCCCCAGCAACUGAGCAACGCGUUGCUCGACAACUCUCCCACCGACGGCGCUGCGUCCAGCAACACUAGCAGCGUCCAUCCCCCGACCAGCUAUGGUAGUAGCUCGUCCAACGGCCGCUCCAACUUUGCCACUGCAUCGUACGCGUCCGGACCGACCGACGACGCGGCCGCGCGCACGUUGGAACUGGCGUCCGAAAUGGCGGUCCUUCGCAAGAAGUACGACGAGCUGGUGGCAUUCACCGUGCAACUGACUGCGCAACGCGAUACGUUGAUCAACGACUUGGACAAAUUCCGCCAACAGAAUCAAAAACUCACCGCCGAGCAGACGCGACUCAAGCGGCAGACGACGGAAAUGGGCACGUUGCGGCAACGAAGGACGACGACUGCCGACGCCGACGCAUCGACUCCGCGCCACCCGGACGCAGUGUCGGCACCAGCCCCCGCCACCAAGGUAUGUCCGUCCAUCCAUCGAGAUAUGAUGAUAUAUGCUGCUUUGCAUGGGCUGUAUGUGUAGCCCAUCACGUUCUUUCACGUGCUGGUGUGCGCGGUGCUGUUCUUUCUCGUUGGCCGAUUCUAUGCGUAACAACUACUAACUACUCGUCCAUACUAACUACCCGCUGCUUUACUUCUUUUGAAAUCGAUAUAUCGAUGGUCGUGUACAU